UGGCCCUGUCCAAUUCAAUUUCAUCCCUUCGAGCUCCCAAGGUCGGGGUAUAAGUGCAAAGUAGCAAAAAAAGCCAGAGAUUUCCAGACGCUUUCGUUCUCACUGACGAGAGGCGCCACCCCCCUCGAACGUCGAACGUCGAACCUGCGCUGCUGCCAUGUCCGAAAUCCAGCCCAUGAUCGCACCGCAGGAAGACGGCUCAGGCUCAGGCUUGGUGCCAGAAACGGCGGCUGCACAGGAAGCCCCAGAGCCGGCGCCCAUUACGGAGCAAGAAGUGGGGGAGUAUCGCGAGCAGGAUAGGUUUUUACCUAUCGCCAACGUCUCACGCAUCAUGAAGGGCUCCGUACCGUCCACCGCAAAGAUCGCCAAAGACGCCAAGGAGUGCGUGCAGGAAUGCGUGUCCGAGUUUAUCAGUUUCAUCACCUCGGAGGCAGCUGAGAAGUGUCAGCUCGAGAAGCGGAAGACGAUCGGGGGGGAGGAUAUACUGUAUGCCAUGAUGACGCUCGGCUUCGAGAACUAUGCCGAGACCCUCAAAAUCCAUCUCGCCAAGCUGCGACAGAACCAAGCAGGUCCUUCGUCAAACUCGAGACCAAGUGACCACCUGCAUCUAAGAGAAGAGGAUGGAUAAGACUGAACGGUAAGGAUGAUUCCCCCUCCCCCCUCGCGCUGUAUUCUAGAUAUACCUUGUAAUCUUCUCGGGACAUUUGUAUCGUUUGCAAAAUUCUCACUGGACCUUUUGCUUUUCUGUUGUCGAGUAACUUGUUCUUGCUACCAAUAAAAAACAUGCGACAUAUAACAACAACAACAACAGAUGAUUUCUGCAUAUAAUAGCAAGACAAACAAAAACAGGGUCGAGGUCGUUAAACAGCUCUGAAACCUUCUUCACACUAUCUUUCGAUCUACAGCCGAUGCAACAGAAUAACAGAAAUCCACAGAAAAAAGGUGGCAGGAAUGAUUAAUUAUGAGACAGGAUAGUUUGCUGGAGUUGAGGGUAUCGCGUUAGAUGCACUUUUGUGAAGGGACGAGGACGGGUAACCAUGGUCGAUGUCAUGCGUCGCCACGGUGAGCCAGGAAGACGCCCAUAUCCCUCGCUUUCCCCCUCGUCCCCGUGAGUCCAACACUCGGGAACCCUCGUGCCUCACGAUCACCCUGGGAGAAUCCGUCGAAUUCUAGAGCUUGAGGCGAAGACAAAGCAAGAGGCGACGUAGUGUGGGGAAGCGGUGCACCCGCAACAGCAGGAGAGAUAGAGAACGACUGUGUAGGGGAGUGCAGCGAAGUGGACUGCGAUGUCGACGACGACGAUUUGUGCGAGGAGCGCGACUUGGAAGAUUUAGAUUUCUUCUUCUUCUUCGGUGCCUGCGCGUAUGCAGACUCGGCACCGCCAACGGAUAGGUGGGUCUGCGAGAGGUGGUGGUGGUUGUACUGUGCGCCCGAGUCGGCAUUCGACAAGGAUGCGGAAGUGCGUGAGCGUGAAUCAGAGCUGUUCGAUGCUCCGGAAGGCGCUGUCUUCCGUGUAUACAGCUCUCCCCCUAGAUCGGCUUCCUCGUCGUCCUCGUCGUCCAUCCUGCCUGCCACCUCAGAUUGUCCCUUCACAAACGGCCCAAAGUCAUCCGUAGGCAAAGGCAACGAUGACCCAGUUCCAUGUCCGCUUCCCGGGAAGCCCUGGAAAUCCUCUCCAGUGCCACCCUCCAAAGUCAAUGCCAUCAACGCUCGUUUCCGCUCUUUCAACUCUCGCCUCUUCCCCUUCCUCUCCUCCUUCCUCCGUCGCUCCUCUUCUUCAAUAGCCACAGCCCGCGCUGCAAGCUCCGCCGACGACAGGCUGGCAAUGGCUGACGAGUCGAGGGGCGCAGCGUCCGAAUCAAGCGUCGAAGACGACGUAGUGGCCAGACGCCUGCGGCGCCUCAACAACCCGUCCUCCUCGUCCUCAUCGGGCAAGCGGAUGGGCGGACGGCCAAAGAGGGUCCAUCCAAAAAGCGUGAUGCGCUUCAUACCGCGGCGGUUUCGUCUGCCAUGAUGUCGCUCUGUACCG